AUGCGCCCCUUAACAGACGUCGAGACCGAGCGCCUCUUCGAAAAGCUCGCAAACUACAUUGGCCGAAACAUAACUCACCUAAUCGACCGUCCCACUGACCCUCACUGUUUCCGUGUCCAAAAAGACCGAGUCUACUACGUCCGCGAAUCAAUUGCCCGCCUCGCAACCUCCGUCGCCAAGGCGAACCUGCUCUCGCUCGGCACUUGCUUGGGCAAGUUUACAAAGACGGGCAAGUUCAAGCUGCGUGUCACGGCGCUGGAUCACAUCGCCUCGCACGCAAAGUACAAAGUGUGGGUGAAGCCGAAUGGGGAGAUGCCGUUUUUGUAUGGGAAUAAUGUGCUCAAGGCGCAUGUUGGGAGGAUCAGUGAGGAUACACCCGAGCAUCAGGGGGUUGUGGUUUAUUCUAUGAAUGAUACGCCUUUGGUAUGGUGCUCUUUGUCCGAGUGAGGAUGGUGGGGACUAAUCGGAGCGGUGGCCAUUGUAGGGAUUUGGAGUUACGGCGAGGUCGACGCAUGAGGUUCGCAGGCUGGAUCCUACUAGUAUCACAGCGUUCAGACAGAGUGAUGUUGGGGAGUAUCUUAGGGAUGUAUGUUCUGCUCAAUUGCUGCUGGGGAUUUCUGGACGGAUGGCUAACUGUUUAUAGGAAGAUACGCUGUUUUAG